UCAUGCCGCCCCGUCGAGCUCCAUGGCCUUUCCGAAGGCCGCCAGGGCCUCGCUAAAACGGGAGAGCCGACGCAACACACGGCCGUGCCUGAACAAACCCUGCAGCCACACAGAGAGACACAGAGACACAGAGACAGAGAUGCGCGCACUGUGAGGGGAAAUUUGUCAUGUCUCGUCGAUUGCAGCUGACCUUUAUGUGGUUGGGAUUGGCCUGCAGGAGUUUCCGUGCUGUCUUGAGAGCCAUGUUGAGCUCGUUGGCCUUGUCGUGGGCCUGGAUGGCGUUGCUGAGGAGCGCCUCGUACACCUCCUGCGCAUGGGGGCUGGUUUUGAGGAGUUUGGUGAACUCCAUCAGUCCCACUCCAGUCGUGUAGAAGAGGGCGGCCCCAGCGAAGUCCCUUUCUCUCAUCCGCUGAUUCCCUUGGUCCUUGUAUGACAUUGCACUGCAGGCACGAAACACAAGGAGGCAAAAUGCGCUGCAUGCCUUGCCGCACGUGGUGCUUGGUACAGCGCUCACCUUGCGAAGACGCUCUCUACAGCUGCAGUGUCCAUGACAUUGCUCUUGACCGCAACGCAGCCCUCGCCUGCACGCAGUCCACAUCCGACGACAUGGCAUUGCACUGUAGACAAGUGCCCCAGGCUCAACACAUGUCUCAGCAUAUUGUCAGCAUAUGCAGUGGCAGCUCUUCCUUUCUGACUCACCUCGUGACAAUGUAGCCCCCGACAAGUCAGGGACGUCUUGACCGGAUGCCAU